CAAUAAUACUAUUUUUUUAAAAAAAUAAAUGUUUAUUAUAAAAACUUCAAAAAAUAUAAAAGUAUACAAAGUCUCUUCCCUAGUCCCACUUCUUACAGAUAAACAUUAUUAACAAAUAUGUAUAGAGUUCGUUUUUCCAUCGGCCAGGAAGAACGUGUUGAGGUAGGCAUAACCAUCAAGAACGGUAACUACCAUGGCUUCCGGCACUUUGGCGAAACCUCAGAUGCGUGGCCUCCUGGCCAGGUGUCUGUGGAUUCAUAUUGUUGGAGCAUUCACAGUAUCCCUGGGAGUUGCAACUUUGUAUAAGUUUGGUGUGGCUGAACCACGGAAGAAGGCAUAUGCAGAUUUCUACAGAAAUUAUGGUUCUAUGAAAGAUUUUGAGGAGAUGAGGAAGUCUGGCAUCUUUCAGAGUGCAAAGUGAUUUUGGAACAUAAAAGAAUUUCUUGACCUGUGUUCCUGAGCUAUGAAUAUGUGGGCUGACGAAUAGUUUCUCUUGAUAAAUAAACCAUUAACAAAUACUGUGAAGAAAAAAAAAACCAGAUA